UAUUCGAUGAACCAUAUUCAAUGACCGGCACCUGUGCCAGUGGAGCACUAACAGCACUAUCCGAGCAUGAUCAUUGCCAGAGCAGCUGUCUGGCAUCCAGCUGUAGAAACUCUGCCAUAUCAGAUUGGAGGCUGGUGUAGCCAUCUGGUUCACCAGUCCUCAGUCAAAUCGUCCAACCCAUGCUAGCAUGGAAAGCGGACGUUAAACGAUGUUGAUGAUGAUGAUGAUGAUGAUGUAUACUAAGGAAAUAUUUUCAACCCCACCCUUUUCUUUUUAUUAAUGAGAAGACAGAAAAAAAGUUAGGCUGAGUUUUUGAAUAGCUAUUCCUAGAAUUCCGCUAUUUCAAAAUUCCAAUUUUUGGCAAUUUUCCGGAAUCUCUGUAUCAGAAAACGUGGGUUUUUGACCAAAAAAAACAUUUAGAAAACCAAUAAUAUGCGAGAAAAUGGCGGGGGUCUUUCCAUUACAUGUUUGCAAAAUGAACUUUUAAGCUACACAAUCCUCUUUCAAUUCACAUUCUCCCAGUGCUAAUGUGUACACGUAUAUGUGCAUAUGCGUAAUCAUUAUUGUUAUUCGACCCUUAUCUGUUCUGAUCAAGCAAACUUAAGCGUUCCUAAUACGACCAUAUUGCAUUUUUGUGUCCUUACGCAUUUUAUUAUUUUUUUUUAUUCGGUACUGUGUAAUUUGGGGCAAGAUUUGGAUGUUAUUUCUGGUGGGCAAGAGAUCGAGGUUUACUCCACAAAUUCAUAUUUGGUUGUUCGUUGUCAAGCUGCUGCUUCAUGAGAAAAUGGCCAUGUAUUUAUGGGGUAGAAAACAACAUUUAUCAGAGUAUUUUAAAGGGCCUUACAGACUACCUAUGAUUAUAAAACCAGCAGAAGGAUAUUAUGGUAGUUCAGAAGAGACAACACUCGAAAAAGAUCAGGUGAUUGCCGUCUGUAAGGUCUUUCAACAAGAAAGAGUUAUCGGUUUCAAUUCUGUUUGUGUUUUAACUGCACCAUAUGAAAGUGACUGCCAAUUCACGAUAUCAAAAGGCAGACCUAAUCAAUUAGAAACACUGGCUUCUGCUCUGCUGAAGUAUUCCUUACCAUUUACUGUUAAUCUCCAGUCUGAACUCCCAACUUCAUCUCACCAUGAUUUAUUCAGAUAUACACGCGAAGUUACAAUUACACAGAAAAGAUCCCUAACAUUUCUUCUGUGUUACGAUAUGAUCGAUGAUGUGCCUGCUCGUGAAUUUAUACUGCCUAUUGAGUUAAACAUAGACGUCGAACGUGCUCAUGAUGUACGUUACUCUAGUAAAUAUGCUUGGCUCCCAUACUAUGCACGUUUAAAGUCAAAUCUGUCUUCAUUACCAACAUACAACGCAAGGAAUUUCACAGAUAUUUGUAUUUACCAGAAAAACAGAAAUUUCUUGCAAAUUUUACCUGAGUUUUUGUUUAAACCUUGUGAAUGGAAAUCUAAAAAUAUUCCCCAACAUCAAGGAAGUGUUAUGUAUGAAAAUCCUUCAAUUUUGAGACGACCACCAAUGCCUUUACCAAGAAGGAAAUCAGAACCACCAGAAUUAGAGAACCCCCCAUCAGAACAUGCACCAUCACCACCAUCCUCAUCAACUCUACCUCCUCCUCCUCCACUUCCCCUCCGAUCAAAAAGAGUUCUAAAUAAACGCUUAUCAACCCCAACUCAAUUACCAUCAUUCAGGCAUGAUUCAGAGACACAUUGCUGAGGUACAUUUUUCUAUGGUUGGUUACCUUUCCUAUUUCCAAACCACACCUGCAUCCAGGUAAAAUAAUUUAUCCCUGAGUCUUUGAACAAUGGACAGUUCACUGGCCGGAUAUGUUUACGUGGCUGAUUGUAAACAAGCAGCGCCAUUCCUGAUAAUGUUGGUCUUGUUUUCACUCAUCAUUCAAAUGUCGAGACAAAGUUAAAACAGACAGAAAUUGACUCAUGGAUACACACACAAACAUUUAUAUCUAUCUAUCUACCUAUCUAUCUAUCUACCUAUCUAUCUAUCUAUCUAUCUAUCUGUCUGUCUACCUAUCUAACAAUUAUAAAUACAGGCAAAAGAAAACAUUUCUAUGCCAAUAUGCUGAGAAAUAGACUUUAAAUCGUCAACCAACACAUACCAUAUACAUCACUAUAAAUACACAUCAUGUUGAAUCGAGGAAAGUAAGGUAACGGAAUUUUUUAAAAAGUGUUAUCUCUGUAUUGAUCAAUUUCGGGAUUAAUCCAACGGAUUUUUCGCCUCAUCAGCAGAGAAUACGAUAAGAAAUAAAUGAAAUACUUACAAGCAUCCAUGGGUGUAUUUUAUAGUGAUGUAUAUGGUAUGUGGUGAUUGAAGAUUUAAUGUCUAUUUCUCAGCAUAUUGGUGUAGAAAUUUUUUUCUUUUGCCCUUAUUUAUAAUUAUUUAUAAUUUUCCCCUUAUAAGGUAUUUUAAUAUGCUGGCCACUUGAAAUUUUUUGAGAAAAUUUUAUCCUAUAUUAGAAGUAAAUUUAUCCAUCUAUCUACCUAUCUAUUUAUCUACCUACCUCUCUAUCUAUCCGUCCAUCUCUUUAUCUAACAAUCUAUCUAUCUACCUCUCUAUUUAUCCAUCCAUCUAUCUAUCUAUCUUUUUGUCUAUUUAUCUACUCUUUGUCUAUGUAUCUAUCUUUUUGGUUUGUCUGUCUGUCUGUCUCAUUCUAUCUGUCUGUCUAUCAGUGUUUGUGUGUGUGUGUGUGUGUACUUAGAGUUUUUCCUUGAACCCAUCUCAUUACAUAUCGGAAGACUGCUGAUAUCUGAUGAGUUAGGUUUACCCCAUACGCCUACAGAGCUUUAAGUCAGUUGGAACAGAGUCAAAUUAUUAUUCAAAGAUAUAUGUAACUCAUUUGAAAUGUGUUAAGUGCCACUUUCUCUUGUUCGUCCACUGACACUUACGUGUGUGUGUGUAUAUAUAUAUAUAGGUUAUGAGCGAUAGUGAUUGGAAUCUUAAUAAUGGAUUUACAAUGCCAACAACCAAUCUUAAAAACAAUUGGACUUUACUCACAAGGUACUGGAAUCUUAUAUGUAUACCACUCUGCCUAAACAAUAUAUUUACAAAUACAAUAUCCCUACAUUCACUCUAUAUUUCCUAUCUUAACUAAACUAACUAUUGCUUAAUCAUCCUCUCACACCGUCUCCGAUGAAGGGAAAUAAUAAAUAUCCUGGAAACAGCUGUAAGACAUUCGAUUUAUAAAUGUUCUAUAUUAUA